AUGAAUGACCGCUCAAAGCUAGAAGACAGCCUUAAAGUCAUCUUACAACAACUCAAAUCUUUCAGCCCUACCAUCCCAAGUGACUCGAUUUUCGCUGAAUUGAGGGACUCAAUCAAUUACGUGGUUCUUCAGUCUAAAAAAUGUUUAAAAUUCACGGAUAGCAGCCUUGUGAAAUGUAAACGAGAAAUUUCAACCCCAUGCUCAGACAUCGAUACUCCACAUAUCCCAAAGGACUUUUGUUCUUUAUGCCUCCCUUAUGACCAUUUUUAUACAGGUCUUUUACCCGAUGAUCCCAAUGGAAAAGACAUUCAAAAAUUACAAGACGGAGAAAUAGAUGAAAUUGUAUUUAAGCUAAAGCAAAAUGAAUUAACCAGGAAUUUUGUGAGAAGUGGAAAGAAAACUAGUCUUCACUAUGCGGCUUAUUGGGGCUCACAGACAUGUGUUCAAACAUUGAUACUACAGGGCUCUGAUCUUACUGCUCGUGAUGAAUAUGGUCUAACACCAAUUAUAUGGGCUUGCCAGUCGGAUCGAUUAGGAAAUCUAGUAAUCUUGUUGAAGGCAGCUAAAAUUCGAAGUGUUCCAGAAAAACAAUGGAUGUAUGAUAGUAGCGGUUAUCAUUUAAUACACCACACUUUAUUAAAAGAUGAUCGUUUAAAAUGUUUAGAAUAUUUAUCAAACAGUGAGUAUGGAUUAAACGUAGAUUCAGAAGGUCAAAAUGCACUUCAUCAUGCUGCAAUGAAAGGUUUUCUUAAUGCAUGCAAAAUUAUUCUUCAAUAUAAACCGAAUGCUAUACUGUUGAAUCAGUUCAAUAAUGAGAAUCGUACCCCUUUGCAUUUAGCUACUAUAAAUGGACAUGGGAAUAUUGUUAACUUACUGUUAAGUCAUAAAGCAAAUCCAUAUCUACGUGACAAGAAUAAUUGUUCAUCAUAUCAAUAUGCAAUUACGAAACGUUUACAUUUCUGUCUAUUAAUUUAUGAACGUUAUAAUGUUGGUAAAGAGAAGCAACAAAAUGAAAAACAUUCAUUAAAUGAAAAUUUAAUCAAUGAAUUAACUACUUUUCGUCCAGUUAAUCCACAAUUUUCUCAUUAUCAGGAUUUUAAUUUAAAUACAUGUCAAGAUAGUGACAGUCAAACAAAAAGUCCAUCUUCAUCAAUACCAGAUACCAGAUCAGUAGUACUAGUGAAUAACAAACAGACUAAUCAAAGUACUAAACAAACGCACAACUCCUCUUCAUCGUUAAACGAUUCUAUUAGGAAAAAAAUAACAAACAAUUUGUCAGUUGAAAGUAACAAUGAUAAUAACAUUGUCAAUAAAGAUAUCCAUCCUACACUAAACCAUGUUUCACCAAGAAUGUCUUUCAAAGGUCAUCUUACUGAAAUUAAAUCUAUGAUAAAUAAUAAAGAUAUACAAAAUCAUAAACUGAAAAAUAAUUUUACAAUUAAACGUCAAUUACUACCAACAGAUAAAAGAGUACAUCGGAUUAACAAUUACUCAAAAGUACCAUCAAAACGAUUAAGUCAACAAAAUGAUAAAAUUCAAAAUUCAAUGCUAAAGUUAGGAAACCAUAUACAAUCAUCAUCAUCUGAUCAUUCAGAUGUAGAUAGUAAAAGAAACGAUGAACCUAAUGAACGUUUAAUACCUAGACUAUAUAACAAUCAUAGUAUUAGUAAUAAUGGUAACGUUAUCAAUACAACUUACAAUAAUAGCAAAAUUAAUUCCAAAGAUGUUGAUAAGUUAAAAAAUAGUGAUAGUUCAUCAGUUUCUGAUAUAAAUUCAGUCCCUGAUAACGAGAGAAUCCUAAUGCCUACUCCACAUAAAGCAUCAUAUCCAAAUGAAAUAAAUCAAAACAAUUGGAAGUCUGUAUUAUACCAUCCUAGACUUCUUAAACGAGGUCAAGUUAAUAAUAUACCACAAGAGAAUUCUAUAAAUAAUAUUCAUAAAUUAGGUGUAAACAAAUCAAAUGAUCUUGAUACAGAAUAUGAAAAUGAAAUCAUACCAUUAAAUAUGAAAAUAAUGACUAAACAAACAAUGAAUUCAUCUCGUUUAAAUAAAACAUCAUUAUUUAAAAAUUUAUUAACACCAUCUUUGAAUUCUGUUAAAACUAAUAAUAAUAAUAAUAAAUAA